AUGUUUACAACCAACAGCAAACUUAUCAUGCACCAGAAUACUCACACUGGAGAAAGGCCAUAUCAGUGUUCUGAAUGUGGCAAAGCUUUUGUAUAUAAAGAACAACUUAACACACACAAGAGGGUCCACACCAGAGAAAAUCUGUAG